AUUUUAUCAGUCAAUUUUUGUAUUUCUCAGCAUUUACAAUUGCGCUUAGCAACCAACUGAGACAUCCUUACAGAGAGCGAGCCUUUACAAAACAGGAAUCAAGCAUAAUUUUAAUAAACAAAAUGAAAUACAUCGUCGCUGUUUUACUCGCCGCAUUGGUGGCUAUGGCCGCUGCCGAGGAGUACAAGAUACGCAAUCAGGAUGAUUUGUUGAAGGCGCGCAAAGAAUGCAUGGAAGCGAAGAAGGUGCCCACCGAACACAUUGAGAAGUUCAAGAAAUUCGAAUUUCCCGAUGAUGAGGUGACGCGCUGCUAUAUUGAGUGCAUCUUCAACAAAUUCCAACUCUUCAGCCCCACCGAAGGUUUCAAAACACAAAAUCUGAUUGCACAACUCGGCCAAAAUAAGGAGAAUAAGGACGCUGUGAAGGCUGAUAUUGAGAAGUGCGCCGAUAAGAAUGAACAGAAAUCAGACUCAUGCACAUGGGCAUAUCGUGGAUUCAAGUGCUUCAUCAGUAAGAAUUUACCGCUGGUGCAGGAAAGCCUCAAGAAGAAUUAAAUGCAUUCACAGAUGACGAGAAGUGAGCGUGUAGCCGGUGCCGAGCAUGACAUGAACCACUAACAUCACCACCACCACCACAAUCACCGUUAGCAACAGCAUCAUAAACAAUAACAUAGAUAACAACUGCCCUAAGCUUGUGCAAUGCAAACCAUAGUAGUGA